AUGAUGACGUCAUCAACAAAUGUUCUACUGAUCGGGAUUGGGGUUCAUGAUUUGAGUGUGAUGUUAUCAGUAUUAGCUCCUAUGGUCGACAGAGCAGAUAUAAAUGGAUGUGAUCUACCCCCGUCUGAACUUCGUGUCUAUAUUGAACUAUUUUCUUAUAGUAUCACCGAUCUUUCAAGAAGGUGUUCUUUAUGGUUGGGUGUUUCUUUGGCACUAGUCAGGCCCGCAAAGUUAGGUCUAAUCCGAUUUGGUUGGUACAUUAUUAUUAUCUUAACUCUUAUCAGUUUUUUAUUCACAGUUCCCUUCCAUUUCCGUCUUACCGUGGUAGACUUCGCAGAUUGGCAUCCAAAACCAGAAUGUGGUUUCCCAGAAAACUUCACUGUCCGUGAAUAUGGUUAUCUUCAACGCCCUAUUUACUAUGAGAACAAUGAACUGGUACUAAAGUUGAAUUUUCUGUUGAAUGCAAUAUUUUCCAAAAUUCUACCAUGUAUUCUUUUCAUUUUCCUUGGAUUCUUUCUGGGGAAAGAGUUGAAAUAUGUCAAGGAAUCGAGGAAAAGUAUAGUCGAAGUCAAUGUAUCCAAAAAGAGACCAAGAACUACUAAGCUAGUGAUUUACAUGACUAUAAGUUAUUUGUUGGCGGAAUUCCCGGCAGGAAUCAUAAUAAUUCUACAGUAUGUCCUAGUAGAGACACCUGGAUUUUUAGUCCUUCUGAGCAGUCUGGCAUUACUAUUUAAUUUUCUGAAUACCUUGAAUGCUACUGUUCAUUGCUUUAUUUGUUUCACAAUGUCAAUUCAUUAUAGGAAUACUGUUAAAAGGAUUUUGUAUUGUAAUAGUGGAGAUUCGCCCGUUCAGAAGGAGUUGAAGGCUUGA